AUGUCGGAUGAUAGUGAUACUCCUCUGCAUUUAGUUCAGCAAAAGUUAUUACAAGAUAAAAGUAAUGACAGCAAGCAAGUAAAAGCACAAACAAGCACUAGUAUCAAUAGUUUGUUAGCUGAGCUACAAGCCUCGAGAAGCACUAGUGUCAAUGUUUUGCCAGCUGAGCCAGAAGCCUCAACAAGCACAAGUAAGAAUUGUUUAUCUGAUGCGGCAGAACCGUCAACAAGCACUAGUGUCAAUGUUUUGUUGGCUGAGCAGGAUGCCUCAACAAACACAAGUAUCAAUGUUCUGCCAGCUGAGGCAGAAGCCUCAACAAGCACUAGACUCAAUUUUUUAUCUGAUGAGGCCGAACCUUCAACAAGCACUAGUGUCAAUGUUCUGUCGGCCCGUAAAACUAACUCAGAUUCUUCAUUUAAAACAAUUAUUGUCUCACCAUCAAACAUUUAUCCACUGCCUAAAGCACCUACUGAAACACAGAAACAACGAAGACGCUCUCAGAAAUCGGAACUUAUGACGGAGUCCCCAAUUAAAAAUGCCCUAUUGGAAAAAGAAGAAACUUCGAAGGGAACAUGCAAAAAAGUGAUUUCACAGUGCGACAUGGCGAAUUUCUAUUGGUAUCUAAGACCGUGGGUAGUUGUUUUAAGAUUUUUAGGAUUAUUUCCUUUGGAUAAUGUUACGAAAUCCGAUCCCACGUACCUAUCUUUCGGUACUUUCCAUUUCUCUAACAUUUACUCUUUUUGCGUGUUCAGUACGUGCGUCUUCUUCGUCGUAUAUUUUUCAGAAGUGGCAUUUUGUACGACAAGUCCAGAAGAAAAAUGCAAGCAAAUGGUCUUAGUUGUAACUUCUCUAAGAUCGUUAAUAAGUUUGUAUUUUUACAUAGUGAAAUCCAAACAUUUUCCGAAUUUAAUCAAACUUCUACACUCCUACGAUCAACAAAAAUUUAAUUUUUUUUUGGACGAAAACUCUUCUUGGUUUCGUAAUUUCAUAGUGUGGUGCGUUUUGCCGAUAAUUUGUUCUUUUCUGGUUUUUUUCACUUUCUGUGUCGUGUCUGCAUUAAUUGUUCAAGAUAUACUAAUGGAGUCUAUUAGAUACACAAAGAAAGGUUAUUUAUCCUCUAUGUCUUUCGGAAUUUUAUCCAUGUGGCAUACAUUCCCGAUUUGUUUAUAUUUGUACAAGGCCAUGCGGAUUUGUAGCAAUUUUUCAGAGCUAAACGACAGCUUGAAAAAAAGAAUCAAUAUUAAAAAUUAUACUGAUAACCAAAACCCUAAUAUCGAUUUUGACACUAUAGCUGAAUACAGAUAUCUUCAUAACAUGCUUUCUGAAUGCGUUCAUCAAUUGAGUAUAGCUUACGGAAUGUUUUUGGUAGUUGAUUUACUAGCUGUUAUCUGUGUUUCUGUUAUAAGUAUAGUUCUUUUUGCUUUGGUGGAUAGAAAUAAUAUUUCUAUGCUUAAUUUGUCCGUAUUUUCACUGGCUCUUGCUUUGAUAGGGAUAUUGGUCUCACAGAAAAUCAAAGAAAAAGGCAAUGAAAUAGUGAAUAUAAUACAUCGAAUGCCAACGAAAAAUAUAUCGGAACAAUGUUUAAAAGAACUAAAAAUCUUCAUGGUCCAGAUGUAUGUCAGGCCCAUAGAAAUUUCGGCUUCGGGUUACUUUACACUUGACAAAAGGCAGAUAUUAAACAUUAUAUCCCAAGUCGCUACCUAUUUGAUAAUGGUAUGUCAGCUGGUACAAAACUACAUAACAACGGAACACACUUCUACAACAUACCAGAACAAAACAAUGAAAAAUUAACGAAUUGUUAUAAAACAUAAGAAAACGUAAAAGUGUAUUUUUUAAAAACCUAAAAAUAUCCCAUAAAAUAGUUCAAACUUCUAAGCUAAUCCCACACUCUCUAAUUGUAAGUUAAACAUUCUCGGACUAAAAAUUGUAUCCUAAUAUAAUCCAGGAAAAUGGGACACCUAUAUUUCCAUUAAAACCCAAAAUAUAAUCUAAAUUCUAAAUCAAAAAACAACUCACCUGCGGCGUAUAAGUAUUCAAAAUUUGAUAAGCCUUCAUUAAAUUCAACUUCCCAUGUCCCUGUUCAAACAUAUUCACUCCCGGCAACCUCCUAGCCGACGCCAUCAAAGCCUGUUUCAUGCUAGCAGGAUUAAUAACGUCACCACGAUGUAUCACACCGCUGGCCAAUAAAGUUACAGCUCCUGCUACCACAGGAGACGCUACGCUUGUUCCGGAAAGCGUUCUACAACCCCCUUUGAUGUGGGAACCUUUCACGGCAGA